AUGCACGGCCUCGUAUAUGAAAUCUUCGAAGAGUGGGUGCUCGAGCAACAGGGAGUCAAUGCAUGGCACGCAAUCAAGGCAAAGGCAGGUUGCGAUGUCCAGGAUCAAGCCUUCGUCACAAGAACAUUUUACAGUUACGAUUCUUGGGUCGACCUCAUCACAGCUGCCGCUGAUGUGUUGGAUUCAUCAUUCGAUACAAUCCUUGAGGCAUAUGGUCAUUUCAAUAUCAGAUACCACUUUUCACAUGGUUACGACGCAUUGCUGAAAUGUCAAGGGUCAACCUUGCGACAAUGGUUGUCGAAUCUCAAUGCUAUGCAUGAUCAUAUUCAGAAAAGUUUCCCAGGUGGAAACUUUUGCCCCCCUGUCUUUUGGUGCGAAGACUCAGACUCAGAAGCCUACGAAGGAAGUAUUCUAUUACAUUACUACAGUCAACGUGGGAAUCGGUUAGUAGCCUGGGUUGUGGGCAUUGUGAAGGAGCUCGCGUCGUACCACUUUCGGGUCGAGAUUGACAUGGAAAGGCUAUCACUGCAGGACGUGGAUGGUUCAAGUUUUACAACCUGGAGGAUAGUUGCUACUGAUCCGACACAAACCUGGAAGCUCUCUCCAAAGGUCUCCCACAACGUUGACGAGGAAGAAGUCAACUUCGAUGACGUGCCGUUGCCUGCCAAGUGCCCAUUUUCGGGACGAAAGCUGAAGAAAAAGACAAUCGAAACUAAAGAAAUCAAGGAACCGACCGCACAAUGUCCUUUUCCACAAAGCCAAGACACCAAGACCUCCACACUGGAAAUUAGUGAAGAAUCUGAUGCUUCCACGAGCAAGUGUCCAUUUCCUCAUCACCAAAUCAUCAAGGCCUCUGCUGACGAGACUGUUGAUACUGCUGAUAGCUCAAUGACUAGCUCAGAAGACUUCGCUGGUGUUUCUUACGACAGAAUGAAGGACAUUUUCCCGUUCCAUGUUCUGGUGAACAACGAUUUCCAUGUUGUCCAAGUUGGAUCGAAGCUUCCAAAGCUUCUUCAGCGAAGGGCAAGUGAAAUGAUGGGAAGUCAUAUUAACAAGUUUCUGGAAAUCACCAAACCGGUUCUUGGAACAUCAUGGAACUGGAAUAAUAUGAAGAAGCUGGCCGAUCAAAACUUCAUCCUAUCUCCUUUGAUCGCUACAAAGCCUCUGGGAAGAAAGGUUGUCAUGUCAGAUGAGAGAACCAAAUUCAAGGCAUCUAUGGUCGAAACAUCACAUGAAAGGGUAAUGUUCGUCUUGAGUCCUGAAGUUUCAAACGUCACUGAACUGAACAAUAUGGGCUUGACUCUAUCUGAUCUUCCAUUGCAAUCCAAUCAACGCGAUGCCGUUUUCUUAGGAGAAUAUGUGACACAAGAAGCUGACAAGGCUCACAAGCUUGACAAGCUGAGCAGAAAGCUUGAUGAGGAAAAGAAUCUAUCAAACACGCUAUUGCAUAGCAUCAUCCCCCACAAAGUUGCUGACGAUCUCCGUCGAGGAAAAACAGUUGAUCCAGUCUUUCAUGAAAACGUGACUCUUUUCUUUUCUGAUAUCGUCGGCUUCACUAAAAUAUGUGACCAAGUUGAGCCUUGGGAUGUUAUUGAUAUGAUGAAUCAACUCUUUUCUAUCAUGGACUAUCUUGCUGCGCAUUUCAACUUGUACAAGGUUGAAACGGUUGGCGAUGCGUACAUGUGCUGCUCAGGACUUCCAGAACCGGAUGAAUUUCAUGCUGAGAACGUUACGAACUUUGCCCUGGCUGUUAUUGAAUGCACCAAACACGUCAAGUCACCAGUCGAUGGAUCACCAGUGAAGAUGCGCAUUGGUAUUCAUACUGGCAGCUGUACCUCUGGAGUUGUCGGCACCAUGACCCCCCAUUACUGUCUGUUUGGAGAUAUGGUGAACGUAACGGCUCGCCAUGAGUCUACUGGUAUUCCUGGCAAGAUUCACUGCUCGAGUGUUUUGUUCAGUCGCCUCCGCACUUUUGCCAAGCUGGACGAACCACUGUACAACUUCAAGGCCCGUGGUCUUGUCGAUAUGAAAGGAAAAGGGCAAAACUACACCUAUUUUGUCGAGAGUGGAACUGAAUUCAACCGAGGGGCCAACUCCGAGGCACUUGCAGAACUUUCAAAACAAGCUGAACACAUGAUCGCUUCGAAGACAUGGAAAAAGAGAAAGUACUUUCGCAAGGGAGGAUUGGUCGAUACUCUUUCAGUUGCUGAGAACUCCAUGAGCUCUCAAAGUGAAAGUUCUGGCAGUGGACCCGAGGAAGAGAGCAGCAUUGGCUGUAUCGUCGAAACACUUUCUCCACAAGACGAAGGCAACGGCUCGUUUUGUAGUUGUGAUAGCCUCCUUGAAGGUGACAUCGACCUUGAUGAAGAUGACACCGCAGGGUCCGGCCCUACAAUCAUUGAUCUAUCGGACGAGCAGCGUUUGCACUUCGGCAAAAGUUGGGAGAGUAUCAAGUGGGACGAGACCUUGACGUUGGAACAGUCUCUGGAGCGAAUCACAGAUGUGCUUUCAUCGUGUUUACAGCAGUGUGUUCACAAGAGCGCCAACAGAAUGGAAACUGUCAUUGCUGAAUUGGAAGAAUUUGUAAAGCGAAUCGCCUAUCUCUACAAUGCAAACAAUCCGUAUCAUAAUUUCGAUCAAGCAGCACAGGCAUUCACCAGGGCAAUAUAUCUUUGGGAUGUUUGGGUGACUUCUCGGAUUGAUCAGAACAAGUCGUUUUACGACAAUCCUUGGGACCGUUUUGCUCUUCUCUUUUGUGUUUUGAUCCAUGGAAUUGGUCACGAGGGUGUGGCAAAUGCGCAGCUUGAAGCGGAGAAGCAUGUGUAUUUUCAAUUGAACCCGGGCAGAGGAGCGUACCAGCAACGAUAUGCUUUCAUUACUGCAUUUGAAUUACUUGAGGAAGAUUUUGCGGAUUUGUACGAGGAGAUCAUCUUUGGCUGCCCAAGUUUCCGUGGUUCGUUGCGCAAAUUGAUGGUGGCCACCGACAUCGAAACAGAAGAGAAGCUUCUGGCGAUUGUUCAAGAGUAUGAUGCACUAACUGAGAAUGAGUCGAUGGACGCGCGUGGAGUCAAAGAGUUGAACGACUCGAAACUCUGUUUAGUUGUAUGCACUGCAAUGAUUGGCCAUUACACACAAUCCUACGAUGCUUUCAUUCAGCGAAAUCAACUGCAGUUUGAAGAGAUUCUGAAGGCUUUUCGGAAUGAUCGAGCGGAGGAUCCACGCGACAGUUGGUUUUACGAACAAAACAUGUACUUCAAGAAUGCCGUGGUGCCUCUCAUCACACGCAUGCAAGAUGUGUUUCCGUCCCUUGGCUAUGUCCAGAAACUUGUCAAAGCAAACACUAUUCUCUGGGGAGACACAGGAAGAGAAUGGGUUGCGGCAACCAGGCUUCCAGGGGCCAUAGUCGGCAGCACUUCGGCGAAGAAGUACUGCGAUAUGUCUAUGGAAAGUCUCAUUGCCAAUAACGUCGACAUCUUGGAGACGCUGCUGAGAGAUGUCGCUGCAUCUCAUGAUUCCACCACUCCAUUUGACACAGGUCUUUCAAGGCAGUCGAUUGGAGCUACCAAUCCUGUUGAUGAAAUCAAACUGGUGAUCGAGAUGAAAAAGGUGAAAAGUGAUUCCAAUUCAAACCAAGCUACUCCAGAACUCAGCCCAGAAGUUCGCUCUGAGCUUCGUGACUUUGUUGUUCAAAUUGCCAAUGGCUAUGAGGGAAACCAAUUCCACAACUUCAUGCAUGCAAGUCAUGUUACGCACCUUGCAAAUCUACUUCUGACCGGAAUCCAUGCCAAAGAAGGGUCCAAAGAUGCGAGUGGUAUUGCUCAUGAUCCAGUUGCCAAGUUUGCCAUUGUUCUCUCUGCUUUGGUCCACGAUGUUGGCCACACUGGAAUUCCGAACCGUCAGUUGGCUGAUGAAAAUCCAGGUCUCGCCGAGAGGUACAACAACAUGAGUAUUGCCGAGCAAAACUCAAUCGACACGGCAUGGGCAAUUCUAAUGUCUGACACCUACCGCAAUCUUCACAAGUGCCUCUUUGAAUCGCUCGAGGAGAAACAGCGACUCCGUCAUUUGCUUGUCAAUUGCGUCAUGGCCACUGAUAUUUUUGACCAGAACCUUCGGGAAACUCGCAAAAUUCGAUGGGAAAAGGUUUUCCAUAAGAACUCGGCUGCCUCGUACGAGGACGACGAAUCCAAUACGAAAGCGACGAUUGUGAUUGAGCAACUUAUGCAAGCAUCUGAUGUUUCGCACACAAUGCAGAAGUGGGAGCUUUACCAAGAGUGGAACGAGAAUCUUUUCAACGAGUUGUACGAUGCCCAUCAGGAUGGCCGAACACCCAAGGAUCCAUCGAGCAACUGGUACAAUGGCGAGCUGUGGUUCUUUGACAAUUGGGUGAUUCCGCUUGCUGAAAACCUUCGAGAAUGCGGUGUUUUGGACAUUGUCAGCAACCAGCUCAUCAAGCAAGCUCACAGUAAUCGAAAGCAGUGGGAGCUUGAAGGGAAGCAAAUUACUGAGGCCUUGACAAAAGCUGCAAUAGCAAGACAUAAGCAGCGAAGUGCCCCUCGAAUACCCUCAGUCACCUCCAGCACCUCGCUUUCCUCGCUUGCCUCUACGACGUCACAUGGAUCGGAAUUGAUAUUGACGUCCCGCAUUAUCUCUGAGGUCGAGACAUUGUCCAAGGUCGUUAGGCGGUACGAGCGGAAAAUUGAGACUGCCUGUGGCAAUCUUAUCGCGGUGGCCUACAAAGGGCAAUUAGGCUCUGAAGAGUUGAAGGGGCAACCCUGGGACAAGAUCCACAGCCAUUUCAAGCAGCAGGAAUGGUAUCGGAUGCAUUCGGAUGAUGGCUUUAGCCUCCCCGAUGGAAGUGAAGUGCUAGCAUUUCGAGACCCAUCUGGACGGUCCGGAAGCCGGAUGGUGCAGUGUUUGAUGGAAGAUCUGUCGGAUGAAUUGUCCGAAGUCGAGAAUAUCGUCAACGGCUGA